AUGGCGACAAAUGAUUGGACCGUUGCUGAAGCGCGGCAACUUUAUGAGAAGGCAAGCGCAGCAACGCUGAAAACAAAUGCCCGGAGCUGGGGCAAAGUGGAUGAUCUAAUGGCAACGGCGGUCGUGUCCACCCCUGUUAAGCGCCAACAUGGCAUUUUUUCUUCCAAGACAGCUGGCGGUCGUAUACCUUUGACGCCUUCUCCUAAGCAAAGAGCACCAAGUGCCAGCCAUGUUUCACCAGACUCUUCACCACUAACUCCCCAAGGGCCAUCGAAAAGGCUGUUUAGCGGAAAUCUCAGAUCAAUCUCAAAAACAUAUCGAGAUUCCCCAAAAUCAAACAUCGCCAAAGGAAAAGGCUCGCCGCGCCCUCUCGAACUCGGAGUUUCACAGUGGACCUUGACAGGAACUGGCCCAUCUGGCCAAACACCACAGAAGAAACGUGUGAAGAAGGGGACAAGUCUUCGCUCCAGACCAGCCAAAACUACCAUUAACCUACCGCACAAUGCAGCAGAUCGAUUUAUCCCUAAUCGUACGGCUAGCGAAGGGCUUGUCACAGCAGGUACUGCUAAAUCGGACAAACAACCAAAACCCAACGGGGGAGAUGGCUCUUCCGUGCUUGCAAAUGCUGCUGGUGCUUUCAGCGGCCACGAAGAUGAUAUUUCAGAUGCAUUGCAGAGCUUAAAUAUCAAUGAUGAUGACAGCAGCAGCUACUCAAGGCCGGCCCCGGAUGCUGUAGCUUAUAAGUCUUCCUUGGCCUCCGCAUGCAAUAUUCCGCUCAAUACCCGAAUCCUCGCGUUCAAACCUCCAGCUCCAGAGUCAUCCAAACCCAUUGACCUUCGCUCUCAGUACAACCGUCCGCUGAAGCCUGCGCACUCACAAUCCGCUCAGUUUAGACGCAGGGUGCAGACAGCCCCUGAACGUGUUUUGGAUGCGCCAGGGCUUGUUGACGACUAUUAUUUGAACUUGUUGGAUUGGAGUUCGGGUAACCAGGUGGCCAUUGGACUUGAACGUAAUGUAUAUGUCUGGUCUGCUGAUAGUGGUUCCGUGAACUGCUUGCUCGAAACUUCUCCAGACACCUAUAUUAGCAGUGUGAAAUGGAGCAACGAUGGUGCCUAUGUUGGCGUCGGCCUAGGAACUGGUGAGGUUCAAAUCUGGGAUGUGGAAGAGGGCACCAAACUUCGAAGUAUGUUUGGGCAUGAAACGCGUGUCGGUGUGAUGGGAUGGUCAAAACACACGCUGUCCACUGGAGCACGUAGUGGCCUUGUAUUCAACCACGACGUUCGCAUCGCCCAACACAAGACAGCAGAGCUCAUUUCUCACACUUCAGAAGUCUGCGGCCUCGAGUGGAGGUCGGAUGGCGCACAACUGGCAACUGGCGGAAACGACAAUUUGGUUUCUAUCUGGGACUCCCGCUCCCUUAGCGCACCUAAAUUUACUAAAUCCAACCACCGGGCUGCUGUGAAAGCUCUCAGCUGGUGUCCAUGGCAAACCAACCUUUUGGCAACCGGUGGAGGUUCAUAUGACAAGCACAUCCAUUUCUGGAACACAACAACUGGGGCUAGAACCAACAGCAUCGACACUGGUUCUCAAGUAACCAGCCUCCGAUGGAGUAACCACUACCGCGAACUUGUGAGCUCUAGUGGAUUCCCCGACAAUUCGUUGAGCAUUUGGAGCUAUCCUACUCUCGUGCGCAAUGUUGAGAUCCCCGCCCAUGAAACCCGGGUUCUUCACAGCUGCUUAAGCCCCGACGGACAGAUGUUGGCCACUGCCGCUGCGGAUGAAAGUCUCAAAUUCUGGAAAAUAUUCGAGCGCAAGCCCGGAACCCCUGCCUCGGGCUCUCGCGAUGGUGUCGCUGGCAGCAAGGGAAGCCAAAUUGCCAAACAGAUGACUAUUCGAUAA